AUGCCGCGCAUCAAGGUAGAAAGCGGCAGGGUCCGCUCAAUGGCGACUCCGGACUCCAUCCCGGAUGCCCCGUCUGAAACGGCUAGUGAGCGAGUUCAGAGAGGGCGUCCAGUCCGUUCGGCAGCACCCAGCAUCGACACUCGUCGUGUCCGACCGACCACGGCGUCCGGCCCGCCCAACGGCCCGGAUGAGGAGGAUAAUGACCUCCUUAUCAUGGAAGUCCGGCGCGGCCCCAAGUCGGAGCAUGAGGUCAACCUCAUGGGCUCGCAGAGUGUCCAAAGCUCCUUUGUUGGCGCCAACCGAGCGCUUCGCGGCAUGGGCCAAAAGCUGAAAGACAUCAACGACGCGUUGGGCGAACUGCAGGCCCGUGGCAUCCAGCAUGUCGCUAGCUUGCCAGAGCUGGUUCUCGUCGGAGACCAGUCCUCCGGCAAAUCCAGUCUUAUGUCGGCCAUCGCAGGUCUCAGUCUCCCCCGCAGCAGCGGGACCUGCACACGAUGCCCAAUACAUAUCCGCGUAUCUCGCGCUGAUGAGUGGUCUUGUCGGGUAUACUUAAAACAAGACUACGAUUUCUGCCCACCCAAUCACCCUCUCACGGAGCGGGACGUCACAAGCAAUAACAAGUUCCCGCCGUGGGCUAAACUCGACCCCAGCCGUCAGGUACGGCGCGAGUUCAAGACCGUCAGGGACCAGUUCGACUCCGAGGAGAUCGAGACCGUCCUUCGCUGCGCCCAGGUCGCCAUUUUGAACCCCUCGACUCAUUAUCAAUUUUUUAUUCCCAAAUUGAAGGGCGAAGUACCCGACAGCACCCGGGAGCAACAUCUUGAGCAAGUUAAAAAGAAGGAGGAGAGGGCCGAGGCCCAGUUCUCCCCUAACACCGUCGCUUUGGAGGUCAAGGGUCCAGAUCUUGCGGAUCUAAACUUUUACGAUCUUCCGGGUGUUUUCAUGACUGCCCGACGCAGCGAGGACAUCUUCCUGGAGCGCGUCGUUCAGAAUUUGACGCGAGAAUACAUCUCGCGCCCGAGCGCGAUUAUCCUAUGCGCGGUUCCUAUGAACCAAGACACAGAGAAUUCCCUCGCCCUUAAGAUCAUCAGGGGCCAGCGGGCCCAGAACCGGUGUAUCGGCGUCAUGACCAAGGCGGACCUGCUGCCAAGCGAUGAUUAUGCCGCCUCGGGCUGGCUUGGAAUGCUCAAUGGCGAAGCACACCAAACCGGUUUCGGCUAUUUUAUUACCUCCCGCCAGGGUAGCGACCUGGAGGAGCAGAAUAAGAUGGAGGAGAGUUUCUUUAAUCGCACCGCCGACGCCACGGGCCACUGGCCCGAAGUAUUUGAUCACUUCAAGGAGAAGUGCGGCGUCGAAAAGUUGAAGGUGUUCCUGUCCGAGAAACUGGGCGAAGAGUUUGCCAAGAUCCUGCCCGAAGUAAAGGAGAAGGUAGAGACUCGCCUCGUCGACAUUCGCAAGCAACUGAAGAAGUACCCCGAUCCCCCUCCAAACCCCGAGCUGGAGAUCAUGAAAAGCCUUGCCGAGUUCACGAUUCGGGUCAAAGACCGGGUUAUGAACCAAGACUUCAUGAGCAUCUGGGACGAUAGCUAUGGCGAACCAUUCAAGGCCUUCAUUCUCAACAUGAAGCCCAAGUUCAACGUCCGCGAGCAUGCGAAGGUGUCAAAACCCCCAGUUGUCAUUGACCUCGACGGCGACAGCCCGGCACCAUCGCCGACUAUGCGGAAACGGUCAGCCCCCGCCAUGGACAUGGCACAAACUCCCAAGAGGCAGCGGCAAGUGAACGCCGUCAUCAAGACCGAGACCCAGGACAACCCGAUGUUCCCCUCAACGCCUCGCCAUGCGCGGAGCUCGACGCCAGUCAUGACGCCUUCCCGAGGCGGCCGGUCUAGAAGCCUAAUGGAUAUCCGGCACCUCAUCCGGCGUGCCGCAGUCCCAGGCCAGCCGGGUCUCGUAUCUGCCAGCGUCUACGAGCCCCUGUUUACGGAAGCCGCCAAGAGCUGGGACCGGCACCUGCACAAAUUCGUAGACAACACACUCUCCCUGCUCCAAGCCGAGAUCCUCACAAUCCUCGACGCGGCGUUCGCCCACCUCAAGAACCGGGCCGUCUACAACGAGUCGCGCGAGCACAUGCGGGCCUUCGUCGAAGCCCAACGCAUCCAGCUGCGCGGCCAGCUCGACUUCAUCUACGACCUCGAGGCCAAGCGCCUCUUCACCAAAGACGAGGAGGCGCUCAAGCGCAACCAGGACGCCGAGAUGCGCAUCCUGGUGCGGCACCGCAACCACUUCCGCAUCGCCGCGCACAACGGCGAGGAGCUCAGCGUCGUCCCUAAGAUGGAGGACAUGACCGACGAGGACCGGAAGCAGGAAGAGUCCAAGAUGGCCAAGGAGCUCAAGAACCUCGGCCCGGACCCCUUCGAGCCCGAGCUCGCCGUCGCCGCCUACAUCCGCGGCUACUACCUCACCGCCGCCAACCGUUUUGUGGAUUACGUCUCCAUCCACGUCAUGUCCGGCCUGCUGCCCCGCGUCGCCUCCGUCAUCGACACAUACCUGCACGAGAAGCUCGGCCUGACCAGCAGCUCCACCGCGCAGGCCGUGCUGCAGCGCUUGAUGUCGGAGGGUCCAGAGAUUGAGCAGAAACGGCGUGAUCUGCGCGCUGAGAAGGAGACGCUUGAUGGUGCGAUGGAUAUCAUUGUCAACUUGGAGCGCCGCGCUCAUGAGCAGCAGCUGGCGGCGGCGGCGGCGUCCCAGUCGCAGUAUACGAAUGGGUUUGAUCCGUCGCAGGGGGAUAGCAUGUCGACGCUGGAUGGUCAUGUGAAUGGCAUUGCUGGGACCGUGUACUCGGCUACCCAGUUUGGCGAUGCUUGA